GACAGAUUACUCUCCUCCCAGUUCGUGGCUGGAUUAAAAUCAUGCGCUGUGCAAAACUCAGUAAUUGUCAGCCAUGUUUUUGCUUACAUAUUGUCAUCAGCAACAGGUUCAACAGCAGAUUAGAAAUGUAAUUCUUGUAAUCAGCUGUUGCUCCUGUAGGUUAUCAGUGAUUCUCUUAGACGAUUCUUGACGUAGCACCUGGCGCUGGGAUUAAAGACUUCAGAAGGCCAAUACUGCAUGUUUUUCCUCUAUCUUAUAAAUGACUGGCCCCCGGCGGCGUACCGUUUGCUGAUUGGAAAUUCAUGCGAGGCUGGAGAUGACUGCAAGCUAGCCAGCUGAGCGGAGCUCCGGGACGGCCGGCUCACUCCUCCCCACCUGCAGCCAUGAAUGGUCCUCACAGUAUUUGGGCCAUCACUACAGAAGAGAGGGGCAAGCACGACAAGCAGUUUGACGCUCUCUCACCCACUCUGGGAUAUGUGUCAGGGGAUCUGGCACGCAAGUUCUUCCAGCAGUCCGGCCUUCCUGCCUCUGUGUUGACAGAAAUAUGGACUCUCGCAGACGUCACCAAGGAUGGGAAGAUGGACAGGCUGGAGUUCUCCAUCGCCAUGAAGCUGAUCAAGCUUAAACUGCAAGGCCAGAGCCUCCCCUCUUCGAUUCCGAUUGUUAUGAAGCAGGCGUCCCUGCCAGGCCUCAGCUUCGGAAUUGGAUCCAUCCCAAACCAUUCGCUGAUGUCCAGCAUGUCCGGGACACCAACCAUGCCCAUUGCAUCCUCAGUGACCUCGAUGGAUCCAGUAGGUGCUGUCCCUCCACCAAUAGCUUCCCUUCCGUUGAAUAUGCUGCCAUCUCUUAGCUCGCACCCUCUGCCAAACGGGACAGCUGGUAUCCUCCAGCCUUCCACCACCACCCUCAACUCAACUCUCCCCAACUCAAACUCCUUUUCUUCCUCUCCACUGGGGUUUAACAACACUGAGAUGACUAAAGCACAGUCUUUGCUGGACCUUGGAUCAAGCAGCUCCAACUCGUCGUCCACAAGCUCCCCGGUGAGCAGUUCUCCCAAAGUGGGCGGUUCGGACUGGGCGGUACCACAGUCUUCUCGGCUCCGAUAUCGGCAGCAGUUUAAUAGUCUUGACAAACAGAUGACCGGUUACCUCUCAGGUCCUCAGGUGAGGAAUGUACUUACUGCAUCGCAGCUCACUCAGACGCAGCUGGCUAACAUUUGGAAUCUGGCGGACGUGGAUAAGGAUGGCAAGCUGAAAGCUGAGGAAUUCAUCCUGGCCAUGCAUCUGGUGGACGUGGCCAAAAUUGGCCAGCCGCUGCCCCUUACACUGCCUCUGGACCUCGUGCCGCCUUCAUUUAGGAGUGGAAACUUGAAUGAUAUAUCAAAUGGAAACAUUCCUUCUAUCUAUAUUGGAGCCACUGAGAACUUUGAGGCAACGACGACACAGAAAGCUAAGAACAACGCGACGUUUGAGGACAAGCGCAAGGAGAACUUUGACCGGGGCAACGCAGAGCUGGAGAAGCGGCGGCAGGCCCUGCUGGAGCAGCAGCGCCGGGACGAGGAGCGCCGGGCCCAGGAGGCACGUGAGGAGCAGGAGCGACGUGAGCAGGAGGCCCUGGAGCUGGACAGGAGGCGGCUACUGGAGCAGGAGCGGAGGCUGGAGCGCAUGCGGGAGCUCGAGAGGCAGAAGGAGGAGGAGCGGCAGAAGGAGCUGGAGCGCAAGGAAGCAGCCAGGCUUGAGCUGGAACGGCAGAGGCAGCAGGACUGGGAGCAAAGGAAACGGCACGAGCUGCUGAGCCGCAAAAACCAGGAGCUGGAAGACAUCAUGCGGUUAAAGGCCAAGAAGAGGAACCUGGAGAUGGAGCUGGAGGCUGUGGGGGACAAGCACAAGCAGAUCUCUGAUCACCUCCGGGACGCACAGAGUAAGAAAAAGAUCCAGAAGGCUGAACUGGACCUGGUUAACCAGAGGCGGGACUGCCACAUCAUGGAGAUAAACACCCUACAGAAGCAGUUUGAGGACUAUCAAAAGAAGCUCUCUCUGCUGGUUCCAGAACAUCAUAGGCUGAAGGAAAAACUGAACAACAUCGGCUUUGACAACCUCCCCAUAUCAUCUAUGGCAACUUUAAAGAAAAGUGUGGAAGACAAGGACAUAACAUGUCGGAAACUGAAGGAGCAGCUGGAUGCCCUAGAGAAGGAGACGUCAGCAAAGCUUCUGGAGAUGGACGAUUAUAACAAGACCAUCAAGUCUGACGAUAUGGACGACUGUGUGCUUCAGGGCCUUCUGUCUUUGCUGGGCUGUCUUAGCAAUCUCUUCCUCCUCAUCAAGGAGCUGCGAGAGAGCCAGAGGAAGCAGCAGUCAGCCUUGGACAAGCUGUACAUCGUCAAGGAGGGCAAACUCCGCGAGCUGCAGAGACACCGAGAGCGGCUUUUUGAGAAACGGAAGGAGGAAGAGGAGGCAAUCAGGAGGGCUAAGAUGGAGAAGGACCGGCAGUGGCAGGAGAAACUGCAGCGAGAUGAGGAGGCUCGCCAGAGGCACCUGAGGGAGGAGAGGGAGGCCAAACUCCAAGCAGAGGAGUUCCAGGAUCGCCUGCAAGCGGCCAGGAAGCAGGUGGACGGUGACCGUUGGCCGUUGGAGGAGGAGGAGGAGGAGAAAGGGAGGGAGGCAGGGAAGGAGACGAAAGAAGAGGAAAGGAAACAAGAGGAAAAGCCGCAGGAGGAUGUCUCUGAUGGACGAGGAGGCGAUGUGGCGGCACCACAACCGCAAAAUGAUGUGGUGACAGGGACUCGUGAGGAUGGAAGAGAUGCUUUAGCAUCCGUCACUUCUGCACACAUGGAACCUGAGACUUUGACGACCUACAGAGCUCUGUACCCCUUUGCAGCACGGACUGUAGACGAGCUGACCUUUGAGGCUGAUGACCUUAUAGAGGUGGACAAAACAACGGAAGGUGAGCAGGGCUGGCUGUAUGGCAGUUGCCGGGGUAAGACAGGCUGGUUCCCAGAGACCUACGUGGGCAGAGGGUCUAAGCCAGAGGAACUGUCCCGUGUCCAGCAGGCCCUGGUGCCCCAGACCCUGCCCACCAUAGUGGAGACGGAGGCCGGCACCCCCAGCACCAGGAGGCCGAGCUCCACCUUCUCUCCGACCCAUAUGCCGCGUGUGUCCACUGAGGAGCAGUCACAGGUUGUGGGUGACCUCCAGGCCCAGGCACUGUGCUCUUGGACGGCAAAGAAGGACAGUCACCUGAAUUUCUCCAAGGAUGAUGUCAUCACUGUAUUGGAGCAGCAGGAGAAUUGGUGGCAGGGGGAGCUCAGCGGGGCCCGGGGCUGGUUUCCUAGGACCUACGUCACCCUGCUGACUGAAGGAGAAGCCAGCCCAGAUAGUUCAAUGAACACAUCAACAGAUGGAGGGGAAAUGACAGAGACGUCUCAGCUAGAAGAGUAUGUAGCCCUAUACACUUACGAGAGCCCAGAACCGGGAGACUUGGCCUUCAACCAGGGGGAGAGUAUCCUUGUUACGGAACGAGACGGAGAAUGGUGGAGGGGCUGCAUCGGGGACAGGACUGGCGUCUUUCCCUCCACCUACGUCAAAUCAAGAGAGCCUGACAUCUCCAGUAAUAAUGGCAGACCUGGUGCCUCUGGCAAGAAAGCAGAGGUGGCCCAGGUGUCCAGUGCUUACACAGCCACUGGAGCAGAGCAACUGAGCCUGUCGCCCGGCCAGCUGAUUCUGAUCCUCACCAAAAACCCCACGGGAUGGUGGCUUGGCGAGCUGCAGGCGAGAGGUAAAAAGCGCCAGAAGGGCUGGUUCCCUGCCUCCCAUGUUAAACUGCUUGGUCCCAGUAGUGGGACGUCCACCCCAGCUCCUCUCCCUAUCUGCCAGGUCAUUUCGUUGUAUGACUACACGGCCGUCAAUGAGGAUGAGAUGAGCUUCUCCAAGGGUCAGCCAAUCAAUGUCCUGGAAAAGAUGAGCCCAGAUUGGUGGAAAGGUGAAAUCAAUGGAGUUACAGGGCUCAUCCCCACCAACUACAUCAAAAUGAGUACCAAUGAGUCUGACACCAGUCAGCAAUGGAAUGGGGACCUGAUGAGGCUGGAGAGCAUGAGCCCGCUGGAGAGGAAGCGACAAGGCUACAUCCACGAGCUCAUCGAGACUGAGGAGCGCUAUGUAGAAGACCUUCAGCUGGCCCUGCAGGUUUUUCACAAGCCCAUGUCUGAAUCUGGCCGCCUGACAGACACAGAGAUGAACAUGAUCUUUGUCAACUGGAAUGAGCUCAUUGCCUCCAACACUGAACUUCUCAAGGCCCUGCAGGCACGGAAGUCGGCCGCCGGGGAAGAGGUGCCUGUGCAGAUGAUGGGCGACGUCCUGGCUUCCCACCUGUCCUCCAUGCAGGCGUACAUACUGUUCUGCAGCUGUCAGCUUAAUGCAGCCGCUCUAUUGCAGCACAAGACUGACCAAGAGCCCGACUUCAAGAGCUUCCUAAAGAAAAUUGCCACUGAUUAUCGGUGCAAAGGCAUGCCACUGUCUAGCUUCCUGCUGAAACCCAUGCAGAGGAUCACCCGCUAUCCUCUCAUCAUCAAGAACAUCCUGGAAAGCACGCCUGAGACACACAUGGACCACAGCUAUCUGCAUGACGCCCUGGAGAAGGCAGAGGAGCUCUGUUUGCAGGUCAAUGAGGGGGUACGGGAGAAGGAGAAUUCGGACCGACUGGAGUGGAUCCAGGCCCAUGUGCAGCGUGAAGUUAUCAUUGAGAAUUUGACCUUCAACUCCCUGACGAAUUGCAUGGGUCCUCGUAAACUUCUGCACAGCGGGAAGUUGUGCAAGACUAAGAGCAACAAGGAGCUGCAUGUGUUCCUCUUCAAUGACUUCCUUCUCUUUACCCAACUCGUCAAGCAGUUUUCUUCAUCUGGGGGAGAUAGACUGUUCAGCUCCAAGUCUAAUGCACAGUUCAAGAUAUAUAAGACGCCAGUGUUUCUGAACGAGGUCCUGGUGAAACUUCCCUCUGAUCCUUCCAGUGAUGACCCAAUCUUCCACAUCUUGCACGUCGAACGAAUCUAUUCCUUCAAGACCGAGAACAUCAAUGAAAGGACAUCCUGGGUGCAGAAGAUUAAAGCUGCAUCAGAUAAUUUCCUUGACAUGGAAAAGAAAAGGCGAGAAAAGGCCUAUCAAGCACGCUCUGUAAAGACCAGUGGUAUUGGACGUCUGCUUGUGACCGUGCAGGAGGCCGUAGAGCUAAAGUCGUCGAAAACCACCGGAAAAUGUAACCCAUACUGUGAGGUAUCGGUGGGAGUGCAGAGUUAUACCUCUCGUACCCUGACAGACACACUCAAUCCAAAAUGGAAUUUCAAUUGCCAGUUCUUCAUCAGAGACCUCUAUCAGGAUGUCCUGUGUAUUACAAUCUUUGAAAAGAACCAGUUUUCCCCUGACGAUUUCCUGGGUCGUGCAGAGCUUCCUGUGGCAACAAUCAAGAAGGAGUUUGAGAACAAGGGCCCGUCAAACCGUCGGCUGCUGCUACACGAGGUGCCAACUGGGGAAGUUAUGAUCCGGCUGGAUCUGCAGCUCUUUGAUCAGAAGACGUGAUGUUUGAGCAGAAAACAAUAUGUGUCCAGAGUCUAUCAUUGUUCCUAAACAACACAAACCUAUGUUUCCUGGUCAUUGGUUUUUGACCAUCACACUAAUGUGAAUUAAGUAAAAUAUUAGUGCACUUUUUGCCAAAUCUAUUUGAAGGCCUCAAAAAUUAUUAUAUAUAUUAAUUAAUAUGAGGUAAACGAAGGUACUUGUAUGAAGGAAAGUAUUAUAAAAGUGCAGUUUUGGAAAGUAUACUUAUUCCAUUUGCACGUUACCGCCUGACAUGAGAGAAUCUCAGGAUUUUGGUUUACUUUUGCUUUUAAAUCCCAGUAUUUUUUACCACAUUUGCAUAAUUUUGUGUUGCACUGAUACUCCUAAAGGGAAUUAAAUGCAACUAUGAAAUGCCUUAUAUUAUCUUUUUUCCACUCUUUGUCUUAAAAUGUGUGAAUGUGUUCUGUAAAUUCACGUAGAACAUCGUUCAUUUCCUUUCCUAUAAUAACUAGACUAAUUGUCAAAGGGCUUUUAGGUUUUCUGAAACGGAUUAUGAAUGGGAUUGCAUUUAAUUCUUCAUGCCUUUUAUCUAUUCUAAAUGCUUGAGAAUCAUUGAAUGUAAGAUUAAAUCAUUCAGUUAUAUAACUGCACGCUUGGAAAUGUAAUAUUUAUAUUAAUUUAUGCAAAUGACUGUGACCAUUCAUAGGUCGCAGUAACGUUCUAACUUAGAAUCAUGGUUUUAUGUGGCACGACAUCUUGAGCUGCUUGUCCUCUAUCUUUAACGAGAGGUUUACACCCAUUUCACAUGCCAGAUGUAUUGGAAGGUAGAUUGUUAUUUUGUGCCAAGUAGCAUCACAUGUUUUUAACAUUUCAUUAAAAUGAUCAUUGGUGUAAUGUAAUUUAGUGAUGGGAGUAAUGAUUGGUGGGAAGAAUGUGCAUUGUCUGUCACUGACUGACUGGUUUCCAAGCUUCCUCGUUAACUUCUAAACCAGGCAGUAACUGGCAAUAAUUGGUAAAUCCCACCCACCACUAUUCUACUGUGAUUUCCAUUACUAGUGUUACUAUUUUGUCUCUGUGUGUGUGUGGGGGGGGGGGGUUGGGUUUUUAUAAUUACUUUGAAAUAAUACUACCUUUUAAAUUGUCUAACAUACAUGUGAUUCAUGAAGGGCCAUGUUGAGAUAAAUCUGGUAUCUACUGUAGAUUGUAUGAUUGAUUAAACAUUGUGCCUUGA